UACAAAGCUGUCUGGUCUUUUCUUAAUCUCUGCUCGGGAACUGAAUAAGCUUUCGGCAAUGGCUUCUUCCUCUUUGUCACUCUCAUGGAGCUCCUCCCUUUGUUCGUCUCACACUUUCAAUGUCCACGGAAAUGAAACCCUAAAAGUAUCCCAGCGAAGGUCCACUCUGGAGAUUGUUGCGCAGAAGAAAGCCAAGAAACUCCGCACGGUAAUCUUGAAAGAGGAUGUGUUGGACUUGGGAAAGCAAGGGCAAUUGCUUGACGUGAAAGCUGGAUUCUUCAGAAACUUCUUGUUGCCCACUGGAAAAGCUCAGCUCAUGACUCCGAUUCUUCUCAAGGAAAUGAAGAUGGAAAACGAAAGGAUAGAGGCAGAAAAGCAAAGGGUGAAAGAAGAGGCGCAACAAUUGGCCACUGUCUUUGAAACCGUUGGGGCUUUCAAGAUUAAACGCAAGGGUGGUAAAGGCAAACUAAUUUUCGGAUCUGUCACAGCACAAGACCUCGUUGACAUCAUCAAGUCCCAGCUGCAAAGAGAUAUAGACAAGCGACUUGUCUCUCUUCCGGAGAUCCGUGAAACCGGUGAAUACAUAGCUGAACUCAAACUUCACCCUGAUGUCACUGCUCGAGUUAGGCUUAAUGUUUUCGCCAACUAACUCUUUUCAGUACUCAAGACUGCUACUGCUGCAUCCCAAGGAACAUAGAGAAAGGGGGCCAGGAUCCAAGUUUUUUCUUGUUAAUCUUUGCUGCAUUUGUCUUUCUUUUUAUUUUGCUAUUUAAAACAUUAUUUUGGAAAUGUUGAAAAUGUUAAGAAGAGUAUAAAUAUUUUCAUCAA